AUAUACGAAAAAGUAGAUUGUUUACGUGUUUUUUUAUCAUUGUCACGCGAUGUAAUAUAGUUAGUUCCCUAUAUAUUUUAUUGGAGAAUGUCAAAAAUGUUAGCGAAACCCCAGGUAAUAUGUAGCGUUUUAUGAUACGAAUCAAAUAUUAUUGCAUGUCAGUUAUCUUAUCAAGAUUGCAGCGAGACAUCAUGUUGCGUGUUCAAACAGAAUUUAAUUAAGAUGCACUAGUAGUUCGACAUAUACGGGGAACUUGGUAUGGAACGAUUUAUAUACUCGUAUGUAUAUUUUGAAAUGUAAAAGUUAUAAUAGUCGUUACAAUUUACCGGUCUUUGCUCCCGCUAGUCGCGUGGGUGUCUGGCACCGACUCCAAAAACAUUUCGGAGGACGCUCUCAGUAACUCCUCGGCGUGUCACCAGUUACUGUACGCUCGCUACAUUAAGGUUCGUCUUAUAUCAAUGUUAGCUGUCAGCGACGGCCAGAUGCUACUGUCAAUAUCGCCACAAUACACGCCACAAAGAUCUUAUCUGUUUAUAGAAUGUACUAGAUUUAAUUUAAAUGAAACUAAAAUUUUUCGGAUAUACUACGCGUGCUUUAUUUUUGUAAAAAACUACAUACUCCCGACGUUUCGGUUACUUUUCAGCAACCGUGAUCACGGACAGACGAGAUGUCUUAGAUCUCAUUAUAUACUAGAUUUAAAUUUCGAUGAGGAAACUGUAAAUUGCAAAUAUCACAUUUUCUUCUUUAAACUUUCUUUUCAAAUAAAACAAUGUCGUUAAUUCCAUCACAUUCACUCAUUGACUUUCUGUCUUCUUAAACCUCAUAUCUGUCUCAUAUAAUUUUUUUUCUUAGCAUGUAUAAUCUCGGUCUGCGUCAGCUGGCAGAUCAUUUAACAUCUAAUUAAAUAGACAGCGUAUUAUUACUGACAGAUUCUUCUCCUAUGAGUCUCUGUCCUGAGCUCCACUUGGCACGUCAUUGAAUUCAUUGUUCGUUUGUCGACUGAUGAUGAUUAAGUUGUCAAUCGUCAAGAGAGUACUGUACUAUGAUUAGCGAACUAGUUGGCUUAAUGUAUAAGCAGUGCGAGAGUAAAUCCUCACUAGGCGUCUAGGAAAAUAUUCUUUAUCUUUAAUAUAAACUAUUUGUUUUUAUAUCUCUGAUUGGUUUAAAGUCAACUAUUCGUCUAUUUUUAUCCCCAGUCACGACGAUACCGUGAGCUAUUAACGUGUUUGAUACCCAGCUCGUCCGGUGAUUUGUGUUAUUUUUCUUGCUGAUAUUUCCAGGAGAUCCUUGUUAUUAUUUGCAUUUCAAUUUUAUUUUUAUACCCUGUAUGUGCUCGUCUUCUAUAUUCGCGUGAAGGUCGUUGCUUUGGAGAGCAAUAACACUUCUGUUUAUUUGACUCCUCAUCCACGUGGAGUCAACGACAGAUAUUUGUUUCAACGUAAAUAUAAUACGUCUUGAUUUUAUUUUUGGAGCCUUUGAUUAAUUUUAUAUUUUUUAGCGUUUCUUAUUUAUCUCCGUUGCUGAACAUUUAUUGGUUCAUUUUCACAAUACUAUUAUUCUCCAUACAUUUUGUCUCAAACAUCACUUGUUUAGAAAUUUAAAAUAUUUCUUUAACACUGUAAUAGUAAUAUCUAUUGAAACUGGUAUCACUGUUUAUUGGUAAAUGUUUCUCCUCGCUGUAGCAGUUCUCCUGAAGCGGCUGAAUAUUUUACUGUUAUUACUCAUCAAUAAAGCAACAUUAGUAAAUAUAAAACCGUUUCUCGCCUGAGACUCAUGACAAUUUAUUACAGCGUCGAUGAUUUUUUUUUUGGUUAAAUAUUAAGAUGUAAGCAACUGGAGAAUCGAAUACGAGAUAUUCUAAAUAAAACUAUGGUUUUCGGAUAACUACACUCGCACAUUUAUUAUAAUACAUUUUACAAGAGACCGUGAUCACGAGCAGUCGUGUUUAGAGUGUCUUUCAGUUAGUCUUGUCACUCGUCAUCUUCCAGCAUUGAUUCCUUAAUGUUCUCGCGUCUAUCUCUAGGGCCACGCAGAAUGAGCUAGCUGUGUCUUGAGGUCCAGCGGUUUCCAACUGUCUACUCCCCUUUGAUGUAAAGAUGGUCUUUUGUUUUAACGAGCGGAGACCUGUGGCUUGUCAAGACGUUUGUCCACGUACAAUGUCCGAGUCUCCGCUGAUCUUCUUUGUUUUUUCAAUGUAUGGCAAGUCACAGUGACAAUCAAAUUUUUAUACAUCCGCUUGCUGGAAUUAAAGGAACUCUUUAUUGGUCUCAAGAACGGGCUCAACAAUUGGGACAUUUUCAUUCAAAAUAUAAAAUCCCAUGUCGGUGACCACAUUACAGGACCUCAGGACACAUUUGGCGCGUUUACGUAAACCAUAGUUUAAUUUAUAUGUUCAAUAACGAAAAUCUUACAUUAUAUUUUAUGUAUUUUUUACCGCCAAAGAAAUUCCUCUAACACGCGCGAGUGAUGUUCUUGAACUGUAAAUGUUAGUUGACUGAAAAUUUUCCUCCAUCGAGAUGUCUUCGCGGGGUGUCCAGGACGGCUCCCGGUCUCCGCUCAUCAUCACAGAUCCUUUCUUUGAUGACCGUCGUAGUGAAAGUCCAACGAGCGCGGUGGGGGCGGAAUCGCCGCGGGAGCUCCCAAAUGAGCUCUCAGCCCCUUACGAAGUCCCUCAGUUCCCCAUAGAACAGAUAGAGAAGAAGCUCCUCAUACAACGACAGUUAAAUGUCAAGGCAGCAGAAUGUGGUCAGUCAGCACGCUCCCUGGCCGGAGACGCCGUGCUGGAGGAGGCGGCGAAGCUUCGGGCCACUGACGAUGACUUCGACGUCGUCCUACCACACUUCCAACGGGUGGCCAUCAGCGGAGAAGACACGUCGGGGGUACCGCUGGAGGAUCUCCAGCAGGCGUCCUCGUACCUGGUCCAAGCUCUAGAAAUCCGUAAGCGCUACAUGGACAUGUCCCAGCAAAGUUUCUGCAGCAUCACGGCUCGGUUCCUCCGUAGCAUGGACAGCGAGGCUGCCGCCAACCACACGCCCAGCGUGUCCGUGCAAAAACAUAUCGCUGAUCACAUGGUCCACCCGCCAUUCAAAGCUAACAAGGAUCCGUGGGAGGGGCCCACUCCUUCCGCCAAGGAUUACACCAUCAAGGCGGACGACGGGGUGUUCAACCUGUACCGGCAGACCGAGGCCGGCGAGGAGCGGGUGCCCUACGAGUACGUCAAGCUGCCGCAGUUCAUACAGGACAAGAACACCAUGUGUACCAUGAUAGCUGACGGACCGCUUAAGUCGUUCUGCUACCGUCGCCUCAGCUACCUGUCGUCCAAGUUCCAGCUGCACGUGUUACUGAACGAACUGCGCGAGCUGGCCUCGCAGAAGGCGGUGCCGCACAGGGACUUCUACAACAUACGGAAAGUGGACACACACAUCCACGCGGCCUCCUGUAUGAACCAGAAGCACCUUCUGCGGUUCAUUAAGAAGACGCUCAAGAAACACGCUGAUGAGGUGGUGACGCUCCACAAGGGCUCCCCUAUGACCCUGAAGGCCGUCUUCCAGUCCAUGAACCUCAGCACCUACGACCUCACCGUAGACAUGCUGGACGUACACGCGGACCGAAACACCUUCCAUCGAUUCGACAAGUUCAACGCCAAGUACAACCCCAUCGGAGAGUCGCGGCUGAGGGAGGUGUUCCUCAAGACCGACAACCACAUGAACGGGAAGUACUUCGCACGGAUUAUUAAGGAGGUGGCGUCAGAUCUGGAGGAGAGUAAGUACCAGAACGCCGAACUCCGUCUCUCCAUCUACGGCAAGAGUCCCGGCGAGUGGGCCAAGCUGGCCAAGUGGGCCAUCCACUAUGACGUGCACUCAGACAACGUCCGCUGGCUCAUACAGAUACCGCGACUAUACGACAUCUUCAAGUCGAACAAGAUAAUGAACAACUUCCAGGAGUUCCUGAGCAACAUCUUCCUCCCCCUGUUCGAGGUGACCCGGGACCCCAACAGUAACAUCGAGCUGCACAAGUUCCUUACCCACGUGGUAGGCUUCGACAGUGUGGACGACGAGUCCAAGCCCGAGAACCCGAUGCUGGAGGCGGACGUGCGCGAGCCGCGGGCCUGGGCCGACGACGAGAACCCGCCCUACGCCUACUACCUGUACUACAUGUACGCUAACAUCACCGUGCUCAACCACUUCCGGAAGGAGCAGGGUCUGAACACGUUCGUGCUCCGUCCUCACUGCGGGGAGGCCGGGCCCGUGCAGCACCUGGUGUGCGGCUUCAUGCUGGCCGAGAACAUCUCGCACGGACUGCUGCUGAGGAAGGUGCCGGUGUUGCAGUACCUGUACUACCUAUCCCAGAUCUCCAUCGCCAUGUCGCCCCUCAGCAACAACUCCCUCUUCCUCAACUACCACCGCAACCCCUUGCCGGAGUUCCUCGCCCGCGGUCUCUGCGUCACCCUCAGCACGGAUGACCCGCUGCAGUUCCACUUCACCAAGGAACCCCUGAUGGAGGAGUACAGUAUCGCUGCCCAGGUGUGGAAGCUGAGCUCCUGUGACAUGUGCGAGCUCGCCCGGAACUCCGUGCUCAUGUCGGGAUUCCCUCAUGAGAUGAAGCAGUACUGGCUCGGUCCCAACUACACCAAGGAGGGAGUGGCCGGCAACGACAUCACACGCACCAACGUCCCCGACAUCCGCAUCUCCUUCCGCUACGAGACCCUGCUGGACGAGCUCACUAACAUGUUCAAGUUCCGUCACAAUCCACAUCAGAACGGCGUCCGUCCGCCGACGCCUCCUACACCCGACAUGAAGGUGGUUAGCCUCAAGAGACCCUCGCUUGUUUAACAAAAAUUAAAUAUGAUAUCUAAUUUUAUUAAACCUGUAAUCCGCGUACUAAUUUCUUAAUUUUCUACACUUGCAACAAAAAUAUAAGAGAUGAGAUAUAUAAUAUACCUACAUAUUAUUAGAUAUGUUAAAAAAAUCUAAAUUGUUACGACCUUUUUAUUUUUGUUUGAACGUUAAAUUCAGCAGUGGAAUAUUAUAGUACAUCUGUCCGUUUGUUCUUGAUAAACAUGGAAAUGUUGAAUAGAAUAAGGAGGAAAAAUGGUGCAAUGAGAAAAUAAGUGAAAAUGUUGGUCUAAUAAAUAGGACAGUAUUUAGAAAAUAUAAGAAUUGUUAAUUAAUAGAUAUAAUAUUUAGUUAAAACGAAUUGUACGCUGCUUUUUAUAAAUGACAAUAAACUAUAAAUUGA